GCGACCCUUGAAGGAAGAAAGGAAGUGCUUCGGCUUCGCGGUGCGGGAGAAGCUGGGAAAUGGAAGAUAAAGUGACUAAUCCAGAGAAAGCUGAAGAAGCAAAAUUGAAAGCAAGGUAUCCUCAUCUGGGGCAAAAGCCUGGAGGUUCAGAUUUCUUAAGGAAACGAUUGCAGAAAGGGCAAAAAUAUUUUGAUUCUGGAGAUUACAACAUGGCUAAAGCAAAAAUGAAGAACAAGCAGCUUCCUACUGCAGCCCCGGAUAAGACAGAGGUCACUGGUGACCACAUUCCCACUCCACAGGACCUUCCUCAACGGAAACCAUCCCUUGUUGCUAGCAAGCUGGCCGGCUGAUUAAAAGAGUGGAACUGCAUGAAUCUUCUAAUUCGCAUCGUUUUUCCUUAAUCUGUUACUUCCCCGCUUUUUAUUUCCGUUCAUUCACUAAGUCAUUUGAGAGUGACAGCUUUGCAGGUAGUGGUAGUGUGUGCUGCUAUUGUAAAGGAAGAUACAUGUGUAGAGUUUUUGAUUAGUUUAACAGUGCACUGAUGAAGAGAACACGUUAGAGCAACAUAAAGUAAUCUACUUGAAAAUAAUUGUAUAUAUUACCUAACUCCUAGUGUAGGAUUGGUCCUAACAACUACCAAGCAAGUUUUACAUUUUUAAUGUUUUGGCUUUCUUUAAUUCAUCCUAAUUAUCGCUUUGUAUGUUAUUCUUAUUUAAUUAACCUCUAUUGUAUUGACUUCUGUAUCUUCCUUUUGGAUUUUAUAAACAGAUGUUUAAGACCACAAGUUGGAAGAAAAGUCACAUAUUUCAAACACAAAUAGAUGGGGCUCCAAAAGAUUUGUAUUUCUGUGCUUGAACUUGAAUGGCCUUAAACCUGUUUCAGCUUUAACAAUAGAAGUUUACUUGGGCAAUAUUUGCCCAUUCUGGUGUAACUUAUGUGACCCUAGUGCUUAACAACUGCCGUUGAAGCUAAUAUUCUUAAUCAGUUCUGUAGUUAGAGUACCUUUUGUUAUUAAAGAUAUGAAUGAAGUAUGCAUGUGCAUUGACUGUUGAAUUCACUUUUGUGCCAUUUUUGUAAAUACAAUAGUUUUGCACAACCUCUCACAAAUGUCUGUAUUAAUUUCGUAUAUUAAAAAGUAGAUGAUGUGCCAACCAGAAGCACAAAAGUUCCUACACAAAACUCUGUAUGUCAUUAGAGCCUUUAUAUAGUAAGACUAGUUUAUAAUCUUGGGCUUACUAGAAUACCAAACUGAAAUCUUUGCUCAGUCUGCCAUAGACUUAAGCUUUUUCAUUUGUUCCUAAUAUCCAUGACAUUCAGUGGCCUUGUGCAAAUAUGAUAUGUUGCUUAGGCAUAUCUUUUGUCCUAUGCAGAACAUUUCAUUUUGACUUUUAUGAAAAUUACAAUUUAUGUAAUUUAUAUAAACUUUUUAAAUGUAGAAACUUUUUACUUCCACAGCCAGUUUUGGGGACACUACUAUAAAAGGUUUCGAUGCUCUGCUUCCUGUGGCCCCUCCCUCCUUUUUUUCUUGCCUUUUUUUUGACUCAAAUCAUGCUGGGCUGUGCUGUUCACCCUAUUUGGAAGCAUAGGUGUCUGUGUUCUUGCUCUUGAAAUUUGCUCUGCUGACUGCUGUAUUUUAUAAUCAUGUUUUCCUUACACUUUUCAGUUAAUCAUUCUUAUUCCUGUAUUAUUAUUAAUAUUUGACAGUUGUUUAAAUAAAAGGAACUUUAUAAUGAGACAAAUACUUGAGAAGACUGGCCCAGGAAACCUAUGUCAGGAUGAGCUAAACUCUGGUAAAUAAUUUUAAGAAAUUCUGAUGAGCUAAGUAAAUUAGGCUUGUGACAGAGGAAUUUACAUGAUAGGUGGAACAUACGCAUACUAAUAUAUUCAGAUGUUUUGCUUCUGUAGAUGUCACUUUAAUAAACUAUCAAUUUAUUUUUGCUUUUUUUUAAAAAAAACAAAAUCUAGUAAGAACUUGAACAGACUUUACUGGGACAAAUUUACUGCUCUAUUAGGAGCGCUUCCCGAAUAAGUUGUCAUAAUGCUGUAGUAUGAUAAUGAGGAUCAAUAAUCUGAGAUGAUACAGUUUUUCUCUUCAUCUUUGACUUGCACAGGGCCUCCCUUCUUUUGGAUCCAGACAUCUUUUUUGGAUCUUGGCUCCAUUUGUGUACCUGCUUUCCUAUGACCCCAAGAAUUGUAGAUGGUGCCUUGAGUAUAUAGCACCUGCACUUGAAGACAGCCUAAUGCUUUGAAGAAAGCUGGCUGAUUAUCUUUCUGCUCUACCCACCCCAAAAAGCAGAAAAAAAAAAAUCAGUACUGUGCUAAUAUGUAAUUUUAAGAAAUAGGAACAAGUAGGUUAUUCCACAAUAUAUAUAUAAUUAUUGUAGGAUUGAUUUAAGAAUUACAAAAUAGUGCUCGCUUUGGUGCACAUAUACUAAAAUUGGAAUGUUACAGAGAUUAAUUAGCAUGGUCCCUGUGCAGGGAUGACAUGGAAAUUUGUGAAGUGUUCCAUAUUUUAAAAGAAAAAAAGAAUUACAAAAUACUCCAAAGUAGAAUUUCUGCAAUAUCUCGUCUUUUUAAAUGAAUAUGUGCAAGCUAUCACCAUUAAAUCUACGCACCAGAGAAAAUUAAUCUGAAAUAUUAGACCAUGUUAUUCUUGACAUGUGGUUCUUCUGCUGUGGUUUGCGAUAAGUGAUGUAACCUUUGUCUGAGUUUUAGUUUGUAAAAUACAAUGCUAAUUAACCUACCUCAAAACUUGAGGAUCUGUGAAAUACUGAAUAAGUGCCCAAAAUAAAAUAUUGUUGAUUGUCUUUUUAUUAAAAGUAAAUUUCCUCAUUAAACCAACCUGCCUUCUAUAAAGUCACCAUGCUUAAAAUCUCAGGAUUUUCCACUGGGAAAGACCUGUCAUUUAAGGAUUUGUAGGUAUAAUUGCUUAGCCUCCAUUAUCGGUGCUUGGGAUAGAAGUUUUAAAAUUUUUCUAUUUUUGAUUCUGCCUCAACACUUAGUUUGAAGACAUUUGCAGGCUGUUUCACCAUUGCUAAAAUGAAGAUUUUGACUAGAUGAGCUCAGUCAUAAUCAUCUAUUUCUUUGAUUGUGGAGUUGUGGUUUGAGAAAUGGCUAAUUUUAAUCGUCCUGUUUAUUAUAAAUGAAUGCUGAAGUAAAGUGAAGAUAAAUACUUCAUGAAAGUCUUGGCUAACAUCUGAAAUAAAUUACCUGUUUCAGUAGCUCCUACUUGAUAGUGCAGUUUUGAGAAAAAUGCCACUUUUGAAAGCUACAGCUGACUAAAAUAAUUAUAGUUCUUGGCAUUUGGGAUAGUAAUAAUUGUUGAAGAACUGGAAGGAGCAUAUUUGCAGUCUAUUUACAAGUUACUCAACCUUCUGUUUCUGACCUAAAAAUAGUCUUAACUGUUCAUUGAGGUAAGGCCUCUUCUUGUUAUAACUUGAACAGUUGGAAUUAGUUGCUCUUUUGUAACAAAACCAUACCUCUGAAUAUUAUUGAUGCUUUUUACUAAACCAGACAUAUUCUUUCUCAGCCCAAAUUAGUGGAGUUUUAUCAUAGCUGAAAUGUAAUCUCAACUUAAACUGUGCUCUAAACUUGGUGUUUGGUGAGCCAGGUGCAGGUAUCUGUAGGAAGAGCACAUCUGAGUGGUGACUAAAGUAGUUUCUUUGGUGGCCUUUUCACAUUCCCCAACAUUCAAACACAUUGUCACUCUUCGUUUUGCUUUUCACCUCAUUUUACUACAUCCCUCAUUCGCUUAUUUAAGCCUCCUAAUGGCUUUUAUUAAAUGGUGUUUAGGGCUGGUGACUUAUCAAUCCUUACUAUCAUUCCCAAUAGGAAUAUAAUUAAGGACAUAUUUUAAAUUUUCUAAAACAUUUAUCUUAAUCUGGAUAAUGAUGAAUUUGAGCCACUGUCCCAACUCUGCAACUCAGCAUACACUGCCGGUUUUCCCCACGACACCUUGUAAAAUUAAGACAAAAGAAAAUCUCAUUCUGGGAUUGUGAAAAUAAGUAAAAACACCUAUUUUAAUAGUUUUAGUCUUUUAAGUAGGUAGGCCUAUAAGUUUUAUUCUGCAAGUCACUGGUGGUCAUAACCAUUAAUGUAUGUUUGUGUUAAGAACUAAAUGGCAUUUGGAAGGAAAUAUCUAAUUCUUUUAAUAUGCCCUCAAAUAUGUUAUCACAUCUCUUACCAUUUGUGAUGCAAUGACACUGCUCCUGUGUAAAAGGGCCAAGAAUAAAUGCCUUUGUUGUUGAAUAUGUCUAUAGAGUUGGCAGUUAAUGCUGAAAUCUGUUAAAUAGCCCUUCCAAAAUUAUACUUGUGAUAUAUACAGAAAAAUAAA